AUGGCGUCGACUCCUACAUCUACCCGCACUUGGAUCCUGGCCAAUCGUCCCAAAGGUCUUCCGACCUUCUCCAGCAGCGAUGCGAACCCAACCUUCAAGCUAGUUGAGCAACCGCUGCCGCCCUUGAAACCAAACCAAGCCUUGGUCAAGAUGCUCUUUUUCUCCAACGACCCGGCGCAACGUCCCUCCAUUGAUGGCGCCAUCAAGGCAGAGCGCCAUUACGCCCCGCCCGUUGAGAUUGGGGCACCCAUGCAGGCUCGUGGGUUGGCCGAAGUCAUUGCCUCAACUGCUGAGAAUCUAUCGAAAGGGACUAUCGUGGCGGUAGGUCCGGGAUGGACCGAGUAUGCAGUCGUGGAUGCUGCCGAGUGCAGUCCUCGACAGCCGCUGCCCGGAGGCUUGAGCAUCACGCAUUACCUGGGCGCAUUCGGCGGACCGGGGUUGACGGCCUAUUAUGGCCUGGUGGUGGUUGGGGAAGCGAAGAAAGGGAUGAGAGUGGUGGUCUCUGGAGCAGCGGGGGCAACGGGUAAUAUGGUGGUGCAGAUCGCAAAGAAUAUUGUCGGCUGUUCAGAAGUUAUUGGCAUUGCCGGCUCGGACGAGAAAUGUCGCUGGGUAGAAAGCCUCGGUGCGGACAAGUGCAUCAACUACAAGAGCCCAACCUUUGAAGAAGAUCUGCACAAGGCGACAGAAGGAUUCGUGGAUAUCUAUUUCGACAAUGUCGGCGGCCAUAUUCUCGACCUCAUGCUCGGAAGGCUGAAGCGGCACGGCGUGGCUGUCGCGUGCGGCUCCAUCUCAGGCUACAAUUCCACCGAGCCAACUGUGCUGAAAAACUACUUCCAAGUGAUAACCAUGCGCCUCUCGAUCCGCGGGUUCAUCGUGCUCGACUACCUCCCCAAGGCGCAGGAGACCAUCGAACUCUUCGUGCAGUCCAUCAAGGAAGGCAAGUUGAAGAUCACCAACGAGGAGAGCGAGCAGGUCGUCGACACCAAAUUCGAGGACGUGCCCAAGACGUGGCUGAAGUUGUUUGACGGCGGUAACACGGGCAAGUUGGUCACCAAGCUGGUCUGA